AAGAACGUUCCGCCGGAUUCUCGGGACAGUCGCCAUCUUUGUGGACGAACAGUCUGAAGUAUUUUCUUUGUUUAUAGAUUUAAAAAAAACAACAAACGUAUCAACACUCUUACACGUGUAGACGUUAACGAGGGAUGCGCCGCUCUAAACGAAUGCGAUCCCCAGGUGUAUGGUUAGACGAGUACAGUUGGGAAGAGAGAAUGGAGUGUCGUAAACGAAGAAAAAGAGAUUCACACAGCAGUGAAAGAGAAAAUAAAUCCAGAAGGACUCGUCACUACAAGACGUAUGAAGGGCAGUAUCUGGAGACUCGCAGUUUGAACUAUAGGCUGGAACCACAGGAAGGAUACACCUGUGCCUACAGUCUAGACAUGGCCCGUGAGGAGGACAGCCAUGAUGGCACCUGCAAGGAGAGAGACAUGGACUGGCAUCACUACAGCAAGUCAUCGGGGCGAAGUGGUCGCAGUAGGAGAAGCAGCCGCAGGCACAGAGACAGGAGGCGCAGGUGGAGCCACUCUCGUCCCAGGUCCUCCACGAGGAGGAGCCAUCAUCACAGGAGCAGGAAAAGAUCCAGGAGUGUUGAGGAUGAUGACGAGGGUCACCUCAUCUAUCACAGUGGAGACAUGCUGAAAGCGAGAUAUGAGAUUGUGUGUACUCUAGGAGAGGGUGCCUUUGGGAAGGUUGUCGAAUGCAUUGAUCACUCUAAUAAGGGGGCUCGGGUAGCUCUGAAGAUCAUUAAAAACAUAGACCGCUAUCGAGAGGCAGCUAUGUCUGAGGUAGAGGUGCUCAAACAGCUGAAGUCCCUUGACAUUGAUAUGAGAUAUGCUUGUGUUCACAUGCUGGACUCUUUUGAGUACCACGGCCAUGUUUGUAUUGCCUUUGAGCUGCUCGGCCUAAGCACCUACGAUUUCCUCAAGGAGAACAACUUCCAGCCUUUCCCAGUAGAACACAUCAGGCACAUGGCGUACCAGAUCGUUCGAGCUGUGCGAUUUCUGCACAAGAACAAGCUGACCCACACAGAUCUGAAGCCUGAAAAUAUUCUCUUCAUUGACUCAGACUAUGAUAUGGAGUACAACCCAGACAUGAAACGCGACGAGCGAACACUGAGGAACCCAGAUGUAAAAAUAGUUGACUUUGGAAACGCCACAUAUGAACAGGAGCACCACACCUCUGUGGUGUCUACACGUCACUAUCGUGCACCCGAAGUCAUUUUGGAUCUCGGCUGGGAUCACUCCUGUGAUGUCUGGAGCAUAGGCUGUAUACUCAUUGAGUACUACCUUGGAUCUACUCUCUUCCAGACUCAUGACAGCAAAGAGCAUCUGGCUAUGAUGGAGAGAGUCCUGGGCCCCAUCCCAACACACCUCAUGCAGAAAACCAAGAAACAGCGCUAUGUUCACCGGUCCAAACUUGACUGGGAUAUGCACAGCUCUUCUGGGAGAUAUGUCCGGAAACAUUGCAAACCUCUAAAGCAUUACAUGUCAUCAAAGGGUGAAGACCACCAGCAGCUGUUUGACCUAAUAGAGAAGAUGAUGACGUAUGACCCAGCUAAGAGACUCAGUCUGGAGCAGGCGCUCAGACAUCCCUUCUUCUCCUGUUUUUACAAGAGCAGCAGUAAAAGCACGACCAGAAGCAGCAGCGGUAACAGCAAAAAGGACUGAUCUGAACCUGUAGACCUCUGGCCAGAAACCCUGGCCAGGGCCCGGCUGUCAAUGUAACUUUUAUAAUGACACUCAGUGCCGGUCUCUACUUCCGAGCUCUCCGGGAGAGUUGUACUUCAGCUGACUGUAUCAGUCCACUGCCCUGCUUCACCGAUUCUUGUCUUAAACUAGCAUUGUUUCUUAAUGUUUCCACUGUGGCAUGUUUUGAUAAAAAUGACCCCUCUGUGAUUUAUAUUUAUUUGCCAUUGUAACAUUGUAUUUUAAUUUGUAGUCCUGGAAAAUAUGCUGGUGAAUGUUUUUCUUAUUUUUUAAUUCAAGAUCAGUCCAAAAUUUGUCUAAAUUGUCUCUAUGCCAAGGAGGUGAUGGGUAAUGUAGCAGAUUGAGAAUUGCUUUUCUUCCUGCAUUACUUUCACAAAGUAAUUUAUUCAGCAUUGAAGAUGUUAAAAAGCUUUUCAGGGCAGACUUUUCUUGUACAUAGAUUUUGUUCACGUGUCUGUUUUUUCACUGAUUGUUUAUGUAAGUUUUGCAGUUUCAUGUACAUUUCUCAAUAAACGUGUACAGAUGACAA